AAGAAGGCCAGAGCUUGAGUGGUGGGAGGAGCCUGUGUGAAGAGGAAGGAGCACUUUUAGGCACCCCUUUUUCCGACUUGGACUAUUCCGACUUUUUGAUAGGAAGCUAUGGCGGGGGCUCUUCCAACGAAAGGGAAAAAAGGGGUGGGUGGAAACCAAUGAGGGCCAAUCUCGAAGGACGUCACGUUCUUCCCUCCCCCUUAUUCUCCCUGGUAUCUCCCGCGCUUCCUAUACAGCGACGAGUCUUGGACUCUUCCAAUGAAGGGAAAUAGGGGUGCGAAGGCAACCAAGGCCUGCAUUGAGGGAGGGAAAUGGUUCUGUCCAGGGGGAUGCGGAUCCGAGGGCUUUGGACCGGGCCAUGGGCCUUGCCGUGGCCCCCCGUGGCUUCCUCCAGCCUCAUGGGACUUCUCCUCCUUUGCUGGUGGAUGGACGCGGAGGAGGGCCUGGCCUUGGUGCCCGCCCUGCUCACGAGCCCCCUGCAAGCCUUCCGCCUGGUGACCUUCUGCCUCUGCCACCCGGACGCCGCUCUGCUGGGCCUCAGCCUCCUCUCCUUCCCGCUCUUGGCCUGGCGGGCGGAGUGGCGCCUGGGCAGCCGGCGCUUCCUCGGCACGGCCCUGCUGGGCGCGCUGGCCUCGGCCCUGGCCUACCUCCUCCUGGCCCGGCUCUGGGGCGCUCCCGGGGAGGCCCCCGUCAGCGGCUACACCCCGCUCCACCUGCUCUUCCUGGGCGCCCGGCGGGGGCGGAAGGGCCUCUGGGGCUGGGCCUCCACCGCCGUGCUGGCCGGAGCGCUGGUGGGGCUCAGCCGGGCCCUCUCGCCCCGCUCCUCCUGCCUCCUCCACCUCUGCGGCCUCGCCACCGGUCUGGCUUACCGGGCGGGGAUUUUCUUCCUCCUCAAACCGUCAGACAGGUUCCUAGAGAGGAUACAGACCAGGAUUCGAAUCCAGAGCCCUCCCUUCCUUCGCUUCAUCCGGCAUCCAGAAGCCAGAACCCUUCCGGUCACUGAUCCCAGGGCGGCGGUGGCCAAAACCAGAGAGGUUUCCGUGGCACCCAGCCUUCCAUUCCCGGACCUUUUCCCAAGCGAAGGCCCUUUGCCGAGCAGGGAAGGCCCUUCCUGGCCCCCCACUGCCCUCCCGUUCUCCACCUUCCAGGAAGCCCUGAUCGAGGAGGAGCUGCUCCAAGCCGGCAUCCGGGCCUCCCUGCAGGACAUGGCCGAGGAAGAGGUCACGCUCUCCAAAGCCUCCGUCUCUUCCCUCCGGCUUCAGCAGCUCCAAAAAAUGGGCUUUGCCACCAAAGAGGCGGUGGUGGCUUUGGCCGCAACGGGCCACGUCGAGGGCGCCGUCUCACUGCUGAUCGGCGGCCACGUUGGGAACGACGCCGUGGUGGUGGUGGUCCCACCUGACCAGAAGUAGGACAUUCUUUGCAUCGCUGACUGGAGGACGGUCUAGCAUCACGGAUUGUCUGAGCAGUCAAGUGGCCUCCAUGCUGUCUUAAGAGGAUGAUGGGUCCUGAAGUUGGAGGCCACGUGUGCUUCUCACCCCUUGAUUGUAGAAUUAUGGAAUCAUAGAGUUGGAAGAGACCACAUACAGGCCCACAAGCCUUAUGGACACAAACACGGCAGCAUUCAAGGUGGCAAGAAGGGCAAACAACCAGGACAAUAUAUCAUUGGUAUCAUGAUUAAUAUAGCAUUGAUAUUAAUGUUAUAUUUAAUGUAAAUUAAUAUUAUUUAUAUAUAUUGCUAUUAUAUAUUAUUUAUAUCAAUAAUAUAUUAUUAAUAGCAUUAAUAAUACAUUACCCAGUUUUUAAUUGUGAAUCAACUCAUGUCCUUUGAUGUCUGCUUUGUGUACUUAAUAUGUAUUUUAUAGAAAUGACAUUUUAAUAUGGAUCUUUGAUGGAGAUAUGUAUAUUUGUUGAUUUUUUGCAAUGCGGGUGGUUUUAAAUUUGUUAAAUUCUUCAAUAGGCCGGCCCAUUGUAGAAAAUAGGGGGGGGGGGGGUCAGCCUAGUGAUUUUUGCAUUCUUCCCUAUGAUUGCAAUAAAGGGAACGGCCACGUGAUGGCAGAAGAGUCCCAUCCACAUGCAUUACAGUCAUAAUAUUUUGCAUUAAUGGGAACAGUCAUAUAAUCUGGUGGCAGCCUUUGCCUUUCUUGCAUUGGGUUCUAUGACUAUAAUGCAUGUGGAUGGGACUCUGCUGCCCAUAGAUUUCAGAGGAAGGAAUGGGCAAUAAGAAUAAUAGUAGUAGUAGUAAUAAUAAUAAUAAUGAAUAAUCCCCAGGCUGUCCUUUCACCUCCUUUAAAAAAACCCCAAAAUGAAGGCUUUUAGAUUCCUAUAGGUGGUGUUCAGUCUGGCCAAGGCAGGCAAAGGCAGCACCCGAUCCUUCCCGGCAGAGGGACAUCCAGCCAUCGACAGAUAGGAUUGAGAGAGGAAUAGAUAUGUCAUAGGAGUUGGAAAGGGACCCCCAAAGACCAUCCAGUCCAACCCCGUUCUUUUUGCCGCAAAAACUUUGAAUAGCAAUUACGGAUACUAGUAUCGACGACUACUACUACCCACAGAGAAAAGUGGGAUAUAAAUAAUGAUACAGAACAUAUAGUAAUGAUGACGAUGCAGAUGUAAUUUUGAACCAUAUCAAAAGGAAAAUAAAUGACGGCCAUGUUAAACCAC